AAAAGUUCAAAGUGAUGUCAAAGUGAUGGUUUCAAGUCUUGACCUUCACACCUAAACCACAGCCCCUCUGAAGGCUAUGGUGGUUAAAACUAGUAAAACAAUCCAAAUACCUUUCCUCUGGCUAAAAUAUGCAACCUAUACAGACACCUUUAUCAUAUACAUUCCUGAUUCGGUUUGCUGCUAAAGUGCCUGUCUGUGGUGUCACACCAACAACAUUAUGUCAAACACAUGUCCAUCAAAUACAGCUUUUGAACCCUAUAUGCAUUCCAGAAGAUCCAAUGACAUCACCAAAAACAACUCUGACCUCUGACCUCAGUUUGAUUGCACUGUCCAUUCACACUGACCUUCGAUCAGUCUUAUGGUUUCUUCAUUAUGGCAUGGCACAGAGAAGCUGAUUUUCAAUCAGUAUGGAACAAAACUGCGUUUAGAAGUGUGAAGGAAACAUAUUGACAUGGAACAAUUCAAUUAAUCAAAAGUGAAGGGACAGUGGGUUUUAUUAGCACCAGUGUGAUUGUUUUAGCAGCCCUGUGUAGAAAUAACUAUGAUGUCUUUUGUAUGCCGUCAGAGUAUAUUACCAUUUGCAUGAGGUUUACCAGUGCAGAGAGCAAACGAAAGGAGACCGCAAAGAAACUGGAAGCUUUUCAGUCCAGGAUGGCUCAUGCAAAGAGGUUUUCUCAAAUCCCCAUGUCUAAGUGCAUGCGAGAUCUUUGUAAAGAGGAAGACUACACUUUCCUAAACAGUCUUGGGAAGCAGGAAGAGAGUCUGGAGGAGAGCACAUGUUUGGAGAGCGAAUGUCAGGAAAAGCAAGAAGAAAGGAUACGGUAUCGACAGGAGCGCGAGCAGCUGGAACGAGAAAAGCAACGUGAGAAAGAGGAGCAGCAGAAGGAGAAAGACAAGCAGUGGAAAAGCCACGUAGCUGAGCUGGCGGUCCAACGCAAGGCCAUCCAUGCAAAACUAGACAGACUACGAGAAUUUAGGGACUUUCAGAAGAAAGUUGUGCUUCAGGAUUUGGGUCUGGAUCCAGGUUCUGAAAACGAAUCCGUCAAGCACCUUAUGAUGAGACUGUAACUGGGUUUACUAGAAAAUAAUGAAAUAAUGAAAUAAAGAAAUUUGGAAUUAAAUCACUUACUCACCAUUGGAUCAUAUGCAGUGAAUGUGUGCCGUCAGAAUGAGAGUCCAAACAGCUGAUAAAAACAUCACAAUGAUGCACAAGUAAUCCAGUCCAUCAUCUUUAACAUCUUGUGAAGUGAAAAGCUGUGGGUUUUAACUUCAAAACAUUGCUUGUGGCUAAACCUGUCCAUAAUAUUGCUUUCUCCAGUGAAAAGUUGUCUUGUCUGAAUCAUGAGAGAAAUCAUGAGCUCAAGCACCAUUUACAAGAGAAUACGGUAUGUGAGUAGAUUUUAUCAUGUUAUUAUGGAUUAUGAACUCAUAUUUUGGUGAGAAGUGACAGUUUAAAGUUAAAAACAUUUCAUCUUAGCGAUGGGUUUGUUUCUUACAAAUACGCAGCUUUUUGCUUCAU